AUGCUCUCGAGGAUUCAGGGGCUCAAGAGCCAGUCGGCCGUGAACCGAGAGCUCCUCGCCGAGAAACAGCGGGCCCUCCAGCACGCGGUCGCGGCGCGAGACCACCUGCGCAGCCAGGUCGCGGCCGACGUCGCAGAGAGAGAGAGGCAGGAGGACAACGCCAGGCGGCUAUCGGGCGAGCUGGCCGGCCUGCGCCAGGACAUUGCGCGCUACGAAAGGGAGCGCGCCGUGCUCCGCAGCACGCUUUCCGGUCUGCGUGGCACCCACCAAGAAAAGCUGUCGGAGCUGGAGGAGCGGCAGCGGGCCUUUUCGGUGGCAACCUUCGACGACGCAGCCAAGCUGCAAACACUAUGCUCUGAGUUCCGUGCGCAGUGCUGCGAUGCGCCACGGCGCUCGCGCGACCAGAGCGUGCUGCUGGCCGUGCUCGAGCGAGAGCAGUCGUGA